AUGCGGCCGAGCCACGUGAACCAGCACUCAUCCGGGCUACAUGCUGCAAUCGCCUCGCGGGGGCCCGCGCUCGACUUCGCUGAACUGCGCGACGCCCGCAUGCACUGGGCCCCGCUGCCUCACACAGCAUUGAGGCCUCGCACCCGCAAUGGUUGUGCAUGCCGUGCAACAACGAGCUCCCGUUGGAAGAGCGUUCGCACUUGUAUUGUGCCACUGUACGUGCCUUUGCAAAUUGACGCGGCAGGCGGUGGCCGGCCAGGGCCGGCCGCGGUCGAGGCGCUGCGGGCUCGCCCGUUCAUCCCCGUCGACGAUCUAACGCAAGCAUUUGAGCACGUUGCCCAGGUCCUGCAAUCGCCUUCGGUUCACAACGUUUCCGGGCUUGGGCCAGAGCACGGGCUGGUCAUUUUGCAUGGCCGCUGCCCCAAUUGCCGCCAAGCACAAGCAUCCGGACAGCCAGCCUUCUUUGCAGCUGCGAUCGCGCCGAGGCGAGACGUCCACAUUGCGCAGCCUGGGGCUAGCUUUACGGAGGCCGUGCCCCCACCCAUGCCACUCGCCGCGAGCACCAAUUCCGGCCUGUACCUGCCCCGCCUGCUCGACGCAGCGGGACUGCUAUGCCCCGACGCGCCUCAUGCAUGGCGAGAAGGCAUGUAA